AUGUCGAUCAUCGAUGGCUCUCGCCCAAAGCCGAAACACCUACAAAACGACUUCAAAAUCCUGAAGAAAAUUUACAAAUACUCCGCCUUCAUCGGCCUCGCCCCUGACCUGAACAAGAAGAGCUUACCCGUAUUCCGCACCCUCAUCAUGUGCCUGGUCAUCACCGUGUGCUUCGCCUUCACCAUCUACUUCUCGGUGAAGGAGGUCUCCUCGUUGCUGACGCUGGUGUACUUUUCCUCGAAAAUAUUCGGAGCCGUCUUCGCCAUAAGCUGCAUUUUCAAUCCCAACGUCGUCUACAGGAAGAAGUGGAUCUUGUUCGUGAAGCGCUUGACCAGGCUCGAGUCCGCUGUGGCAGGAAUGAUGUUCGAACCGACGCCUUGGUUGUGGGUUGAAAUAGGCACUUCGAUCGCCAUCGUAUUCGCCUUCGCUGCUUACAACGUCCGCAUAAUAUCUUCUAAUUUGGUCAUUUACCAAACAGACAGUAACUACCUGAGGUUUGUGAUCUACUUUUACACCGUGGGGUUCUUCGUUUUGUUCUAUUCCACGGUGAUUUUUUUGAAGAGCAGAUACGCCUUCGUGCUGAAUUACCUGUAUGUGGAAGUACUCGGCAGGAAAAUAGUAACGGUUUGUUACGAAAUAUGCGAAGAAGAAACUGAUAAAUAUAUGAGAGAGGAAUUGUUCGAAGUGGCUUCGUUGGCUGAGCAUUUGAGACCUCGCUUCGACGCUGCAGGAUUUUUUCCGUUCAAUCAAAAUUGCUUGAUCAUGAUAUUCUCGUCUGUUAUUAAUUAUUUGGUCAUUAUUAUUGAAUUCGAUGUGACGGUUAAGUAG